CCCGCCUCCAGCGCGUAAAAAGGAGCCGACGCGCUUUUACGCACUUCAUUCAGCUGGAGCGCAAGAGGAUGCCUGACACAUACCUGUGUUAUCUGCUGCGUACAAGCUUACCCUUUCCGAAACUAUGUACAAGGACCGCUGUGAUUCUGUAGGGGGGUUGAAAAACUUGAUUGGAGAGAUGAUGGACUUCAACGUCUCCAGGUCAUUGCGCGAAAGCAAUGCCACCAAAAACUCCAGUUGUGGAUCUGUAUCAGUUGGUUUCCCUAUAGUCAUGAUGAUUACUGGCAUAGUGGGCAACACAUUAGCUCUUAUUCUGGUGUAUGUAUCUUACAAAAAGAAGGAAAAUAAAAGGAAAAAGUCGUUCUUGCUUUGCAUUGGAUCACUGGCGUUAACUGACUUGUUUGGACAGCUUUUGACAAGUCCAAUAGUGAUAUCAGUUUACAGGGCGGACCUGAAGUGGGAGCGCAUCGACUCAUCGGGCAAAUUAUGCGGUUUUUUCGGUGUGUGCAUGACAACAUUUGGCCUGUGCUCUCUCUUCUUGGCCAGCGCCAUGGCAAUUGAAAGGGCUCUGGCGAUAACAAAUCCACACUGGUACUCCAAUCACAUGAAGACAAGUGUGACAAAGCAGACUUUGGCUGUCAUCUGGUGUCUUGUGUUGCUCUUUGCGCUGCUGCCCAUUGCAGGGGUCGGCGAAUAUACGCGCCAGUGGCCGGGCACCUGGUGCUUUAUCAGCACGGGGGACAGGGAAGUCCCGGGCAAUAUGUUUUUCGCCAUCACUUUUGCUGUACUUGGGAUUUUCUCUCUGCUUGUUACACUUUCCUGCAAUGUAGUGACAAUCCGUGGCUUAAUUAUCCGGUGUAAAACAAAGUCUGGCACUUCUCAGUCUUCAAAGCAGUGGGAACGGCUCACCACGGAGACCGUCGUUCAGCUGUUAGGGAUUAUGUGCGUCCUUCUUAUAUGCUGGUCUCCUCUGCUGGUGCUGAUGCUGAGGAUGAUCUCCCACCAGGUAUCUUCCCACGAGUGCAACUCAACAGCAGUGACCUCCAGUCAUAACGCUAGCCGGGACGUCCAGUUAGACUGUAACUUUUUCCUCACAGCAAUCCGCUUGGCCUCCCUCAACCAGAUCCUGGACCCAUGGGUCUAUUUGCUCCUCAGAGAGAUCCUCCUACGCAAGUUCUGCUUAGUGGCUAAUGCAGUGUCCAACUGCUCCAUAGAGGAACCGAAGGAGACCCAGACGGCAUUGGACGCCCUCAAUAAGGAGAACCAUCAAGACAGCAACAACCUUGAUAAACCACAAGGUAGCAAGGAUGUCAACAUUUGACAGGAAUUACUAUCAUGGCUUUAAAUUCAGACAGAUUGGAUGGAAGAGAAUAUGGAAACACGAUUUUCAUGGAUGUGUCCGAACAUCAUGUUAACAAAGGGUCUCUCCAUGUUCUGGACAGAAGGUUAUUGUACAGUGGUCUCAGUUGCAGUCUUAAUAAGAACAAGCCAAGUCUGCUCGGGGUGCUUUGUUUUGUUUAAAACACAUUCCAUCCGAAGUCACCAAACCAGCAUGUGGAUGCAUGACCUUGUCAAGCGUUACAUUUGGCUGCAGCGCGGCAAGUUUUCUGUUUUGAUAACAGCAUCUCCCAGGCUCAAGACCUGAAUAUGGUGGACUCUAAAUGGACUUAUAUGGAAGUAAUCCAUCUUGUGCUCUUGCAAAUUGCUUUAGCCAAAUUGAAGCCAUAAACCAGCUAAAGGACUAAUGGAUUUUCCGUAUGUCUAAAAAUUAAGAUGGAAACUGUACAUUUGCAUAUAUUAAGAUGUAAAUAGGACUGCCAUAUCUUACAUUAAAUGUAGCCAUAGAGGUUGUUCUGAAAAAAAUACAAUCCUAAACUGGAGCCAAUUGUUGAUUGUCAGAUUAUUUAUUAGUGUCUGGUGUUAUAGUGACUUCUGCGCUGAAUCAUGCUAACUGCUGGGUAUCAGUUGUUGUAAAUUGUAUAGUAUAAUGUACGUUGUUUUCCUCGGGUUAGCAGCCAAAAAAAAUGAUGUGAAGCUUUUAGUUUUAUGCCACGUUCGCCCUUGAAUAUGAAUGCACUGGUAGGUUUUUUGUGCAAUUACAUGUAUUUUUAUCAGCAAUGUUCUUUUCAGAAUAGCUUCAUUCCAGUCUUUUGAACCAAUUGUAUGUGGCAAAUAACUGUAAAUGUGUGUUUUUCUGGCAGGGUGGCAUUAUUAUAAUGUGGUUACAUGGCUGUCAAUGUCUCACUGAGAACUCCUUGUUCAGUAAGUUCAUAAUGGAACAAAAGGACAAUAUGUUCAUAUAAGUAGAGACAAAGGUACUGUUUGGAUACAAGUCUGAAAACAGGAAAAUAAUGAAAUAACGGAAGCUGUGUCCAAAUAAUACAUAGCAUAAAACAUCUUAAACAUGAAAAGCUAUUUUGGCACUCUUGAAACAUAUGCUUUAAUUACUCAGAUUUAAGAAUUCAUGCUUAUAAUUAUGUGGUGGUGAUUGCCUUGAACAUGUUGAAUUUGUUGUUCUACAUUUAAAAUGUUCUUAACAGCCAAACUGUGUCCACCUUAAUGCUACCUCUCAAUAUAAGUAUAUGCUCAUUUUCCUUAAACGUGUACAGUGGAAAUCACCAUAGGUCUGAGAUAAAAUGAAGGUUAUUUUUCAUCUUUGUUCUUAGUGCCAAUGUAAGUACGAGUGCUGUUGGCAGGAAAUGGCAAUCAAUUCCUUUACUACGGGCUACGUCGUCAUGUAUAGCGCUGUAAAUAUAUUCAUAGAGGUCCAGCAUCUUAGGCAAAGACAUCUCAAGGAUGGACACGUUUUUUAAUUUCAUGGUAACCUCCAGGUUAUGGGGACCCUUUGUCACACUUACACAUCAGCCAAAAAGAUUAGAUAUGUGUGGCUUCUGCUUUGCCAGGUCUUGCCUUUGCCUCUUGAAAGGGCGAGUUCAUACAAGCUCAGUGAUAAUGACACUAUAGGAAACUAUUUUCUGUGAAAUCCAUGUAAAGAAAUAGCAUUUUCUAUUUACAGAUAUAGAAUUCAUCUUAGAUGAUUGUGAAUCUGAUCAACUUGAAAUAUAAAUGUUGUUUGUUGAGGGGAAACAAGAAUAUAGAGGAAAUCAAAGCAUUUGUUCAUGGGGUAUAUUGCACAAUAUUUGUCAAUAUUCACGAUUGUUCUGAAGCUCAUUGCUAUAUAUGAAUGUGCAAAAAACACCAAUAUGUUCCUCAACAAGUAUUAAGUUUCAUUAAGUGCUAUUACACUAACUUGAUUGUUCAUUCUAAUGAAUGCUUCAAUAAUCGAGGUUGUGGAUGUGCAUGAUGAGUAGCCUAUUUAUACCAUGCUUACAGUAUGUUCAUCUGCUGGAGUUCAAUAAUCACUUGACCAGAAGCAUCUGGGAUUUAAGUCAGGCAUUUAAAACAAUGAUUACAUUUGUUCGCAGGUUGCAGUGGGAUAUGGGUUUACGAUUGACUCAAUUAGCUUCCAUGUGAAUCUGCGUCAUGUAAUUAUCUCGGUUCUCCGUCCAGGAAACAUUGAAGCUUCCUGGUCUUAGGUAAAUAAAGAAUAAGUACACAAAGUACUAUCCCCUUAAGGCUAACUGGCCUUGCAUUUGUUGUUGAUUUUCCAUGGCGUUGCAUCCCGCCAAACCCUGCAGUGGAAAGGAAAAUGGCAGAAUGAAUUGUCAUUACUUCUAAAUUGAAAACAUCACACCACUCUGGACACAGUGAAGGAACAAGGAGAGCAUUCUGUGUUUCUGCAGUGCAGGAGAGAUACACUGGGAUAUGAUCAUGCAAACUCCAGUUUAUGGAUCCACACUGGUUUAUCUUCGAUGACUCAAGAUAUCCUUGUAAAGAGGUGUCAGGAUUUAAUUUUCUCUCUGCUACCAACACACAUCUGCAUUUAAUUCUCAAGCUUCAAUUGUGCUGAGUGUGAAGUUUUGAUAGCGUGCUUGGAUGAUGAUCAUUUGCAGCAGGAAUUGGUCCUUUCGGAACGUAAUUACGCAAUUAGAGUUCUGCACUAACAUCGAAUAGAGCUUUCAAUUACAUAAUUCACUCAUGUAACCAAUGUAUGAAAGUGCUUUUCUGAUGUUCUCAAGUGCUCAGGAGUCACUAGAUUUCAAGACAAGAACGAUUGUUCAUCAUCACUUGAUAUUUUUAAAUUAAGCUCAAUUCUCAUGUGGUUUAUAAUUUUGUUUUAAGUAUUACGCACCAAUGGGAACAAGGCUUUCUCUAACUUCCUUAAAAAUCCUGCAGCACGAUGCAGGAUACUUUAUGACCCUUUGAAAAACAUCUGCGAGAAUGUUUUUCUUUGACUGUCUCUGUAACAUAUAUAACACUAAUAUUGCCCUCUAUCAACCUGAAGUGAGGUAGAAAAACUAAAAAGCAUCUAAUUCUUGUAAUUUGAUACGGUCACUUGUGGAGUAAACGACUGAUACAUACAUGAUGGCACUUUGUUGUAAUUUCGUGCUGACCUGGCAGGUUUAAGAAGGAAAGAAUCUCUAAAGUAUUUCUAAACAGCAUGUGAAAGUACAAUGGAAACAGGUUUGGCCCAGCAGCCACGGCUCCACUAAUGAAUGUAAAUACAUACCGGAUGUCUAUCAAUGUCCAUUUUCUUAUCUGUUGUUCGCCUCUGCGUUUGAAUGUUCAGCAAUAGUUAUUUACACUGAAGUGUCUCCAAACUCUGAGACUAGAUUCUCAGAUGAGGGCUAUCUACACAGUUUCACAUGGCUACCAUUUCUUUGUCAGUGUUCUUUAUCCUUUCACACUGUAUCCAGGUGAGGAAUGCUGUACAUUUUGCAACCUUUUGUAUUAUUUUCCCUCAAGUACAAACCGUAUGAACCAUGUUGAUGAGCUGGAAAAAAACUGAGAACACUACCUACCGAUUAAAGUGUCCUUUUGGUGUUUUAUGAGUUUGACCUCUACUUGAAUUGAAUCAGUUCAACAUGCACUUUUUAUUCAUUUUGCAGCUGUGUUCUUGGCUAUGUGGUGGUGCGAUGAUGUAAUUCCAUUAAAGGACAUGAACUUGUGUUUUCAA